UGUGAUCUGAACUCUCGCAGCCCACAACCAGAACCCUUGGUGUUUAGCACCACGGUAAUCAGCCGGCAGCACCUGGCCCUGCCAACCGGACAGGGUGCCCACAGUGUCACAAGUGCCGAGGUCUCUAAGCCGGUUAACUGUUCCCACAUUUGUUCCAUUGCCCUUGACAACGCCAAGCGGUCCUUUGUUAUGGUAGCCACUGCUGUCCUAAAUGCCACCAUCGGCCCCGUCCUGCUCCGUGUUCCAGCCCGCCCAGUCAAACCAAGUCCUCCAGUUAAUGUGACUCACACCCAGACGGUUCAGGGACAGCUGGUUUUAUACUGGGAUCCAUCUCAGUCAGCUGCCAGCCCAGACCGCUACAAGGUGCGCUACACAUUCAACAGCACCUGGCCUGUAUGGCAGGUGGUAAAUGUGUCUGGGGAGCCCAGGGUGUUCCUGGACCUGAGCCCCAGGCUGAACUACACCUUCCAGGUCCGCUGCUCCCUACCGGGCCACCCCUAUCUCUGGAGCGCCUGGAGCCAACCUCACCAUAUCUACCUGGACACGGUCAGCUACAUCCCAGAGAAUGUGGUUGCGAAGCCGGGCCAGAACGUCACCGUUUACUGUGUGUUCAACGACCGCAGCGCUAACGCUAGCUCUGCCAUCUGGAGGACCAACAUAAAACACCUCAUCCCCGGUCGCCAGUACAGCGCCAUCAACCGCUGGGUGAGCCAGAUCACGGUGCUGCCCUCCCAGAACCGUAUCUAUGACCUGCUGCAGUGCACACAGGAGUGGAAUAUCCCCUACAGCCAGAUUUAUGUGGAAGGUGCUGUCAUCGAUAUAACAUGUGAAACCAACGGGGACAUCGACGCAAUGACCUGCAGCUGGGAAAAGGACCACUGGAUUACGCUCAAAUUCCUCUCGAGGUGGGCGGAUGUACCUUGCGUUGAGAUGGAGAGGAGGGAGAGUUCCGGGCAGGUGGUGACGGGGGAGACACGGCGGGUGGCCUGCCAGCCAGAGAGGCAGGGCGAGAGGGUGAAGCGCUGCACCAUCCAUCCCCUGAGGAUGAGCUGCUACAAGCUCUGGCUGGAGGUGGACUCUAAGCUGGGCCCCGUCAGGUCAAGGGCCUUCUAUGUGUCCCCUACAGACCACGUGAAAUCCCACAAGCCGUCUAACGUGGAGGGGGUGAGUGAGAGCAGCAAGGUGCUCAGGGUGACCUGGGAGCCUCCGUUACUGCCCGUUGAGGGGGUCCAGUGCCAGCUCCGCUACCACUCACCCUCCACUGUGAGCGCCCACCCAAAGUGGACGGUACAGAGCCCAAUGGGGGCUUCCUGGUCAGAAGUGCGAGUCGCAGACAUGUGCAGGGUCUACGUGGUGCAGGUACGCUGCAUGUCCACCAGGGGCGUCGGCUACUGGAGUGACUGGACAGAGUCUGUGUACUCCAUACCCCUGAAUAGAAGAGCCCCUGAUAAUGGCCCUGAUUUCUGGAGAGUUUUUGAGGAUGAUCCACACAGAAACAUAACCAACGUCACUCUUCUAUUGAAGCAUCUUGCAAUGGAGGAACAAUCCUAUUGUGUGGAUGGAUUUGUCGUUCAGCACCAGACCUCUUGGGGCACCAUCAUCAGCGAGAAGAUAGGCAUGGUCUCCUCCCACAGCUUUGAGUGGAAUCAGGAGGUCCACACUGUCACGGUGGAGGCCUUCAACAGCCUCGGGAACUCCAACAACAACAUCAAAAUGACUUUGGGGAGACAGUUCAAACGUGAGUUAAAGGUCUCAUGGCAUGAAAAUCUCAAUUUCUGAGCUUUUUUUAAGAUUUAUAUGAGUUUCCCUAGCCUGCCUAUGGUCCCCCACUGGCUAAAACUUGUGUUUGUGUAAAACGAGCACUAGCUAUCCUGCUCGCCUUUGAAAAGUUUGAAGUUCAUGCGCGCUGAUUCGGAAUUUGGCCCCAUAUGUCGUUAUAAGGGGCCAAGUUACCUCCCCUUUUUCUGCCACGCCCGCCCAGAGAAUUUGGCCCUCCAAUGUGACAGUGAUCUAUGACCGUGCGAGCGCCAUGUGUG